AAAGCGAAAGUGAAAAUAUGAAACACAAACAACCCUAGCCGAGCGUGUUUUCUGUUCUUCACACUUUAAUUUCUUUCACUCUCCACCGGCGCUCGCCACUCUCCACCGCCUUUCGUGACUCUCCUCGCCACUGCCGCUAGUGACCGUCCAGCGCCGCCAAGCCACUCGUGACUCACCUCUCCAGCGCAGCUCGUCCGAAAGGUUCCUAACAGAGAGCUAGGAUUUAGUGCAACCAUGGAAGACAUGGACGGAACCUCUGACGAGCUCUGCAAUUCGAUCCUCUCUCGUUUUGGAAACUCCACGAACGAGGACCACCAGCACCUCUGCACAGUCAUAGGCGCCAUGUCCCAGGAGUUCAAGGACCAGAACCUCCCUUCCACACCGGUCGCCUACUUCGGCGCCGCCUGCUCUUCCCUCGACCGCCUCGCCUCCGAGCCCCAACAGCCUGUCCACGUUGUCCAAUCCCUCCUCAGCAUCCUACACAUCGUCCUUCCCAGAAUACCCCUAGCAAUUCUUCACAAGAAGGCCGAGUUCUUGUCCGACCUAUUGCUUCGGGUUCUGCGGUCUCCGUUGCUAUUGGUCGAUGCUACAACAUUUGGAUUGAAAUGCGUUUCCCAUUUGUUGAUCAUCCGAGAUGCUCCCGACUGGUCUGAGGUGUCUUGCUUGUACGAUGUUCUAUUGGGGUUCCUCACGGACUCGCGUCCUAAGGUAAGAAGGCAAUCGCAUUUGUGUCUUCGAGAUUCCUUAUCAAGAUUUCAGGAAGCAUCAGCGCUGGCAUCUGCAAGUGAAGGGAUUGUGAAGAUAUUUGAAAGGUCUCUUUUGCUUGCAGGUGGAUCAAAAACGAAUGCCACUGAAGGAUCCAAAGGAGCUCAGGAGGUCCUUUAUGUUUUGGAUGCUUUGAAAGAGUGUCUUCCCCUUAUAUCAAUGAAGUAUAGAACGAGCGUCCUCAAGCGCUUCAAAACUCUAAUGGAAUUGCACCAACCCCUUGUCACAAGGCGCAUAGCAGAUAGUUUGUAUUUUCUUCUUCUUGUCCCAGAUCUAGAUGUUUCUCCUGAGGCAUUGUGCGAUUUGAUAAGCUCAAUAGCUUUGUCUGUCUCCACGAAUGAGACAUCUGUGGAUGCUAUGACAUUCGCUGCUCGCCUGCUUGAUGUUGGAAUGAGUAAAAUGUAUUCACUUAAUAGGGAAUUAUGCGUAACAAAGCUCCCUGUUGUAUUCAAUGCAUUCAAAGAUAUUUUGGCAUCUGAACAUGAGGAGGCCAUAUAUGCAGCCAUGAAUGCAUUGAAGAGUCUGAUAAAUGCUUGCAUUGAUGAAAAAUUGAUCAAACAGGGUCCACACAAUGAUGCAAGGAGGUUUGAGCCUACUAUCAUUGAAAAAUUAUGUAUAACUAUCGAAAGCUUACUUGAUUAUCACUAUGCUGCUGUUUGGGACAUAGCAUUUCAAGUUGUUUCAACAUUGUUUGAUAAAUUAGGGCAUUAUUCUUCUUAUCUUUUGAGGGGGAUCCUUAGCAGCUUGGCUGACAUGCAGAAGUUGCCUGAUGAAGAUUUUCCUUUCAGGAAACAGCUACAUGAAUGCCUUGGAUCAGCCCUUGGUGCAUUGGGACCUGAAACUUUUUUGGGCCUUCUACCUCUUAAUUUAGAGGCUGAAGACCUAUCUGAGGCAAAUGUUUGGCUUUUUCCAAUUCUGAAGCAUUAUACGAUAGGUGCCCAUUUAAGCUUCUUCACAGAUUCAGUUUUGGGUAUGAUUGGACUGUUGAAGCAGAAAUCUCGAAAGCUUGAGUUACAAGGACGGGCCAUUUCAUCAAGAACUGCAGAUGCGUUUGUGUACUCUUUGUGGUCUUUAUUGCCUUCAUUUUGCAACUAUCCUUUCGAUAUGGCUGAAAGUUUCAAGGAUCUAAAAAAAGCUUUAUGUAGUGCCCUUCAUGAAGAACCUGAUACUCGUGGAGUAAUAUGCUCCAGUUUGCAGAUUCUUAUUCAACAGAAUAAGAAAAUUUUGGAAGAGAAAAGUGAGAUGCCUGAUACUGAAGAAGGCAUUGCCAGACAGCGAGCAGUGGCCCGUUACACCCCACAGGUUGCAGCAAAAAAUAUGAGUGUGCUUAAGUCAUCUGCCCACGAGUUAUUAAAUGUUUUGUCAGGUGUCCUCCUGCAAUCUAAAACAGAUGAUGGCGGUUCUUUACAGUCCACAAUCUGUGAACUUGCUUCAAUAUCAGAGAAAAAAGUAGUAUCGAGCUUCUUCUCUGAUACAAUGCAGAAGCUUUUGAAGGUUACUCAGGAGGCCAGAAAACCAGAAAAUUCAAGAAAUUCUAAUUCUAGGCAGAUUGACCAUGCCUCAGAUGAAAGUUCACCGUCACUUUUGAGGGCACGGCUAUUGGAUUUGGCAGUUUCACUUUUACCUGGUUUGAACGCUAAAGAGAUUGAUGUUUUAUUUGUCGCAAUAAAGCCUGCAUUACAGGAUGUUGAAGGUCUGAUACAAAAGAAGGCGUACAAAGUUCUUUCAGUUGUUCUCAAGGUAUUUUUGUUUAACUGUGAUUGGUUUCUUUCAGCAAAGCUCGAGGAAUUGCUCGGGCUUAUGAUUGAAGUGCUACCUUCAUGCCAUUUUUCCGCCAAACGUCACAGACUUGAUUGCCUGUACUUUCUAGUAGUAUAUGUUGCCAAGGAUAAUUCAGAGCAGAGGCGACGUGACAUCAUUAGUUCUUUCCUAACAGAAAUAAUGCUUGCACUUAAAGAGGCAAAUAAAAAAACAAGAAACAGAGCAUAUGAUAUUCUUGUCCAAAUUGGCCAUGCAUGUGGGGAUGAAGAGAAAGGCGGAAAUAGAGAAAACUUGUUUCAAUUUUUCAACAUGGUAGCCGGAGGACUAGCUGGUGAGACACCUCACAUGGUCAGUGCUGCAGUCAAAGGCUUAGCUCGCUUGGCUUACGAGUUUCCAAAUCUUGUUUCAACUGCGUGCAAUUUACUUCCAUCCACGUUUCUCCUCCUCCAGAGAAAGAAUAAAGAAAUUAUCAAGGCUAAUUUAGGUUUGUUAAAGGUGUUGGUGGCAAAAUCACAGCCUGAAGGGUUGCAAAUGCAUUUGACGAGCAUGGUGGAAGGCUUGCUGAAGUGGCAAGAUAACACCAAAAACCACUUUAAAGCCAAGGUUAAGCAUCUCCUGGAAAUUCUUGUCAAGAAGUGCGGUCUGGAGGCAGUUAAGGCUGUGAUGCCCGAGGAACACAUGAAACUCCUUACUAAUAUACGAAAGCUCAAGGAACGGAAAGAGAAGAAGCUAAGAGCUAAAUCAGAAGCAAGAUCUCAACUGUCAAAAGCAACCACAUCCAGGCUAAGCAAAUGGAAUGAUACAAAAAUAUUUUCUGAUUUUGGCGAUGAUGAAAGCGAGGGAAGUGAUGCUGAGUACAUGGAUGCCAGGACAAUGUCUGGUCGACGGAGCAAGGGUUCCUCACAGCUAAAGUCCAAAGCAUCCUUAUUGCGCUCCAAGAGUAGAGCAGCUAAGAACUUGCCCGAGCACUUGUUCGACCAAUUAGAAGAUGAGCCACUUGACUUGCUUGAUAGGCAAAAAACAAUAUUAUCUCUUCGAUCUAAGCAUCUAAAGCGGAAAGUAGAUUUGGAUGAGCCAGAACUGGACUCUGAAGGGCGUUUGAUUAUUCGUGAUGGAGAAGAACCAAAGAAGGAAAUACCAUCUGACCCUGAUUUGGAUGCAAAGAGUGAAGCAGGUAGUCACUUGUCAGUGAACUCGAGGAGAAACCAGAAGCGCAGGAAAACAUCAGACUCUGGCGGUUGGGCUUACACAGGUAGCGAGUACUCUAGCAAGAAGGCAGGGGGGGAUGUGAAAAGGAAGGAUAAGCUUGAACCAUAUGCAUAUUGGCCACUUGAUCGCAAAAUGAUGAGCCGUAGACCUGAGCAUCGGGCUGCUGCAAGGAAAGGGAUGGCAAGCGUGGUAAAGAUGACAAAAAAGCUUGAAGGGAAGAGUGCCUCAAUUGCACUCUCCAGUAAAGGCUUGAAGUUUAAAAGGAGUCAAAAGAAGAAGGGCAGCAAGAAAUGAAGCAGGUGAAAAAGAACCAUCUACAUUGUUUAAAUACAUCACCUUGAAGAUUUGCACUCUAAAUUAUGUGUUUUCUUUUUUCUUGGUUAUUUAAUUUGGGGGAUCAGAUUUUUGUAUGUUGUAAAUUAGAUAGGAAUCAAGCAAUCUUUCGGCGGUGCAUGUCAAAGGGAAACGCUCAUAAUUGAAACGAGCAGUUUUGCUUGCAAUUAAUUUUGCAGUUUACCAAAGAUUUCCUUCAUGAUCUGUAUGGUAUAAUAUCAUCUCAAGUUCACAAAUUAAAGUUUCUGGCAUCAUUUCAUGCUA